AAAAAAAACGAAGAAGAAACUUUGUCCUACCUGCAUACCGGGCAGGUUCCCCUGAACAGGGGGGUGGGCCAUGGCGGUGAUGGCUGACAGCUUCUUGCCCAAAGUUCCGUCCACAGCUUGUCAGGUGACGCUUAAGUGGACACCUCGUAUUGUUCAGCAGACAUUACAACGUUCGAAAUGAAUAAGAAACAUAAUCAUAGCAUAAGGGCGCACACGCUAGCGUACGUUUGCUGGCCGUCAGGCGAGCAAGCGAGUAAUAAACCCCCACCCGAUUUGAACGUGUUCGAAUAACGGCGGAUGUGUUGGGGGUUUUGUGUUUUUUUGCUUUAAUUCAGGAAUACAACUUUUCUUUCUCUCGCUAAAGAGUUGUAUCAGCUAGCCUUAGCCUAGCAUCGUUAGCUUGCUAUCGCGCUCGCUACCUAGCUUGUAUGCUAGCAGUAACGGUCUCGAACGACGACAGCCGGCAUGUUACAUCUAAUGUCCCUCAACAGGAGGACAUGAGCGUCGCAUUAUUUUGGUAGCAGUAAGCGUGCCAGUGCGUUCGCUCUCCUGCCUCACUUUAAGCCCAGAACUCCCGGCCAUUUUGUCAGCGUCAUGACGCCUCGCAGGGUGGUUCUGAUCCGGACGACAUCCCGCUAUGUGUGUUUCCCACUCCGGUGCUGCUACACGCAGAACUUAAACAAAACAAAAAAGUGCAGUGAUACGAAUCCCUAACGUUGUCAAGUACACUGACCGCCAUGUUUUAUUGUUUGGAUGCGUUAGAGCAGGGGUAUGCAAUGUGCAGCCCAGGAGCCAUUCGCGGAACGAAUAAAGUUGUAAUUAUUGGGAAAUUUGGUUGCAGAAAUGUGGUCAAAAUAUGGGAAUAAAGUUAUAAUUACAGAAGAAAAUGUACAAGAUGAAAGUUGAAGAUAAAAAAACAGAAAAGGAAAAAACAGCUAUAAUUUUAGGAGAAUAAAGACAAAAAUCGAUCUGUUGAAUCGCUCACUGAAGUCAACUGUGUAACAUUCACAGAACGUGCAGAAAGUUGUGAUUCGGAUACUCAAGUCACAAGUGUGCCACAUCUCAUCACGCCCUGACACAUCUUUUUUCAUUUUUCCACUUAGCUAGGAGUCAAACACGAUUCAGUAAAACACUCAAGAGUUGAAAGACCCGUUCAUGACUCGCAGAUCCGUAGUUCACAACAGUUUGAUGACUAAAAGCCCGAUAGCAAUGUUUCCUAGCUUCUUUUCUGUGAAUUCAUUGAAGAAAUAUCGAGAUAAGAGUUUAAUUAUAUUAUUUGACACCCUAUUAAAGUAUUACAGUUAUUAAAUUAAUCUAAAAUAAUCUUUUAGCACAAAAAUAACUGGAUUUGUGAAAUGAGCUAGCUUAGCUUACACACUGUCAUUUGUGGGACACACUAUGACUUCUUAUGGGUUAAGGCUGUAAAAGCUAGCUAGUUUCUGUAGCUGUUUUUUUUAUUAUUCCUGUAAGAAAUAUAGUUUUAAAUAUUUUAGUUUAAUAUUUAAUAUAUUAUAUACCCAGUUAAAGCAUUGCAAUAGUUAGAUUUAUUUAAAAUGAGGUUUUGUGGCAAAGAAAUAUUAUUUUGGGAAUGAGCUAGCUUACUUUGACACGCCGCCAUUUUGGGGAAGCAUCCUGGGAUAGUCACAUGACAAGCUCUCUUAAAUGUUUCCUAUACGUCACGUACGGACUUGAUGUGUUCAGGUUAAACAUAGAAGCAGUACAGAUCACAUUUGAAGUGUUGCAGGGAUGUUUUAUGGGUUAAAAUGACGACUACGAUCGUGCAAUUCACAAGUUGACCACACGGGGGAGCCAGAGUACAGUGUCCAAUUGCAACCUCCUGGUCACAUUUCUACACAGUUUUUGUUCAUAUACUGUAUUUUAUUAUGACAUGACUACCGUAAUACAUCAAUUUAACACGCACACAGACAUAAAUGGAAAAACAUGAGGUAUUUGUAUGUCAAGAAUGCUAUUGCUUCGUUUAGAGUGGGAAUAGAAAUGAAUAAAAUAGCUUCAUAUACCGGUGUAUCCUAGCCCCACACGCUUCAGCUACCCUGCACGAGAGCGGCCCCCCUCCACCCCUCAACCUCCAUGCGUAAAUGAUGUAGGACCUCCAUUUUUUUUUUUUGAAUUUACUGUUCGGCAACCUUCCUCAUCAUCGUCGUCAUCCUCCUCCUCCUCCUCGUCACUUUCAUCAUCACCUCCAAGCUGCAUCUGAGAAAGAAGAAGAAGACGACGGAGGAGAAAAGAUGGACGUCACCGACCAGGGCGCUCAAAUGGAGCCGCUUUUGCCAUCGGAACAAAGUGCUCAAGAAAGCAAGAACGUGAGGGCUGACGAGGAAGCGGUGGUGGAUCGGGGAGGAACACGCUCCAUGCUCAACACCAACUUUGAGAAAGAAGAACUGGAAGGUCACCGCACGCUCUACAUCGGGGUGCACGUCCCUCUGGGUCGGAGGUCACACCGCCGCCAUCGCCACCAUGGCCACCGCCACCGGAAGCGCUCCAAGGAGAGGGACUCGCCGGCCGACGACGGGCGUGAAUCCCCCUCGCACAAAGACACGCCGGCGCAGAGGGUGCAGUUCCUGCUGGGGACGGAGGAUGGCGACGAGGAGCACAUCCCACACGCCCUCUUCACCGAGCUGGACGAAAUCUGCCUCAGGGAGGGGGAAGACGCCGAGUGGAAGGAGACAGCCAGAUGGCUGAAGUUUGAGGAGGACGUGGAGGACGGCGGCGAAAGAUGGAGCAAGCCCUACGUAGCCACGCUGUCUCUCCACAGUCUGUUCGAACUCCGCAGCUGCAUCAUGAACGGCACCGUCAUGCUGGACAUGAGGGCUCACUCGCUGGAGGAGAUCGCUGAUAUGGUCCUGGACCAGCAUGAAGUGUCAGGCCCAGUGGGUCAGGACGCCCGGAGGAGGAUCCGUGAGGCUCUGCUCAAGCAGCAUCACCACCAGAACCACAAGAAGCUGGCCAACCGCAUCCCCAUCGUGCGCUCCUUCGCAGACAUCGGCAAGAAGCAGUCCGAACCACAUUCCAUGGACAAGAACGGCCAAACGGUUUCACCGCAGUCCCAGCCGGCCAGCACCGAAGGCAAACAAGACGUGAGCAGGGAAAACAGCGCCGUGGACUUCAGCAAGAUUGACCUUCACUUCAUGAAGAAAAUCCCACCCGGUGCCGAGGCGUCCAACGUCUUGGUGGGGGAGCUGGAGUUCCUGGAGCGUCCCGUGGUGGCCUUUGUGCGUCUGGCGCCCGCCGUGCUGCUCAACGGCCUGGCCGAGGUUCCCAUCACCACCAGGUUCCUUUUCAUCCUGCUGGGGCCGCUGGGAAAAGGUCCGCAGUACCAUGAAAUUGGGCGCUCCAUCGCCACCCUGAUGACUGACGAGGUUUUCCAUGAUGUGGCGUAUAAAGCCAAAGACAGAAACGACCUGGUGGCCGGCAUCGAUGAGUUCCUGGACCAAGUGACGGUGUUACCCCCUGGGGAGUGGGAUCCCUCCAUCAGGAUAGAGCCUCCCAAGAACGUGCCCUCCCAGGAAAAGCGUAAGAUCCCUCCGGUUCCCAACGGUGUGACCGACCUGGUGGAGUCGGAGGAGCACGGAGGCCACGGCGGCCCUGAGCUCCAACGCACGGGAAAGCUGUUUGGCGGCCUGGUGAUGGACAUCAAGAGAAAGGCACCUCACUACCUUUCCGACUACACGGACGCCAUCAGCCUGCAGUGUCUGGCUUCUUUCCUUUUCCUUUACUGCGCCUGCAUGUCACCUGUCAUCACCUUCGGGGGUCUCCUGGGCGAGGCCACCGAGGGCCGCGUGAGCGCAAUCGAGUCUUUAUUCGGGGCGUCCAUGACCGGCAUCGCCUACUCGCUCUUUGCUGGCCAGCCUCUCACCAUCCUUGGCAGCACAGGUCCGGUUCUUGUGUUUGAGAAGAUUCUCUUCAAGUUCUGCAAGGACUACGGGCUGUCCUACCUGUCCCUGAGGGCCUGCAUCGGCUUGUGGACGUCCUUCUUCUGCCUCCUGCUGGUGGCCACCGACGCCAGCUCGCUGGUCUGCUACAUCACGCGCUUCACAGAGGAAGCCUUCGCCGCCCUCAUCUGCAUCAUCUUCAUCUACGAGGCGCUGGAGAAGCUCAUCCACCUGGGCGUGCACUACCCCAUCAACAAGAACAACGACCUUCAGAAGCUGACGCACUACUCGUGCGCUUGCGUGGAACCCGGCCAUCCCAGCAACGAGACGCUGCGCUUGUGGGAGGAGAGGAAUAUCACGGCCUCCCAGCUCAACUGGACCAUGUUGGACGUGAAGGAGUGCGAAGAGCUGCACGGGGAAUUCCUGGGCAGCGCCUGCGGCCCCCACGGCCCUUUCAUCCCCGACGUCCUCUUCUGGUGCGUGGUCCUCUUCUUCUCCACCGUCUUCAUGUCCGCCUUCCUCAAGGAGUUCAAGACCAGGCGCUACUUCCCCACCAAGGUGCGGGCCAUCAUCAGUGACUUUGCCGUCUUCAUCACCAUCCUCACCAUGGUCCUGGUGGACUACGCUCUGGGGAUUCCAUCGCCCAAACUUCAAGUUCCCAGCAAAUUUAAACCAACCAGAGACGAUCGUGGUUGGGUCAUCAACCCCGUGGGUCCGAACCCGUGGUGGACCACCAUCAUCACCUUCAUCCCUGCUCUCCUGUGCACCAUCCUGAUCUUCAUGGACCAGCAGAUCACAGCGGUCAUCAUCAACAGGAAGGAGCACAAACUGAAGAAAGGCUGCGGCUACCACCUGGACCUGUUUGUGGUCGGGGUGAUGCUGGGCGUGUGCUCGGUGAUGGGCCUGCCGUGGUUCGUGGCGGCCACCGUGCUCUCCAUCUCCCAUGUCAACAGCUUGAAGCUGGAGUCCGAGUGCUCGGCCCCCGGUGAGCAGCCCAAGUUCCUGGGCAUCCGUGAGCAGCGCUUCACCGGCCUCAUGAUCUUCACCCUGAUGGGCUGCUCCGUCUUCAUGACCUCCGUGCUGAAGUUCAUUCCCAUGCCGGUGCUCUAUGGAGUCUUUCUCUACAUGGGGGCAUCCUCGCUUCGAGGCAUUCAGUUCUUCGAUCGUCUGAAGCUGUUCGGAAUGCCGACCAAACACCAACCGGACUUCAUUUACCUUCGCCACGUCCCACUGAGGAAGGUCCACCUCUUCACCAUCAUCCAGCUCAGCUGCUUGGUGCUGCUGUGGGUCAUCAAGACCUCCAGGGCUGCCAUCGUUUUCCCCAUGAUGGUCUUGGCGCUGGUCUUCAUCCGCAAGCUUCUGGACUUCAUCUUCAGCAAGAGAGAGUUGAGCUGGCUGGAUGACCUGAUGCCUGAGUGGAAGAAGAAGAAACUGGAGGAUGCUGCGCAAGAGGAGGAGCACAGCAUGAUGGCGGAAGAAGAGGGCGUGGUCCAGGUGCCACUGGAGGGACACCUCAAGAGCGACCCGGCCACGGUCAACAUCACGGACGAGAUGUCCAAAGGCUCCUUCGGGGACGUGUGGAAGAGCGUCAGCCCCGUGGAAAAGGACCCACCCGCUAAAAGAUUUCCCAAAAGUGGCGAGAAGCGUCACAAGCGUCGGCGACACGACAAGAGCUUGGACCGGGAGACCAGUUUGUGAUGACACAUCCCGGCAUCUGUCAUUUCUCUGUUAUUAAUCAUAUAUAUACAGUAUAUCAUAUAUAUAACAUACAUAUAUAUAUAUAUAUAUAUAUAAAUACUGUGCCACAUUUGUACUGUGAUACACUGUAUUUUUUUUUUUUUUUUUGGGUCUUACCCGUCCUGCGUGUGCAAAGGGUCCGACGUGCGCAUUUGUGCCCGACCAGCAACGUCCGUGAGUGUCUCACCUUUUUAACUACAGCUGAUGUGUUUUAGAGAUUUUUAUGCUUGGCAAAAAAAAAAAAACAAACACACAAAACUGCUUAUUGCACCGGCGUCAACUCUAGUCUGGAUGUAUGACAGUACCCCCCUCCUUUUGUCCAUCAUUCAUUGUGGAAAAAACAAUUUUUACUGCAAAAUUAAGAAAAAAUAGAGGUAUGACUAGAAUGACGGUAUAUAUGUAUAUAUAUAUAUACUGUACUGUAUAUAAACUACUGUAAACGUGUCCUGUCCAGACUUUAGGGACACCACAAGGACGUGUCCCAUACACGUAACUUAGCGUUUGUGCCGUUUUCCCAAACAUGCCCCUUUUCCAGGGUUGAUUUUUGGUGGGAAAUCGGCGUUCCUCGGACUCGGGUAAUGCGUCGCGAGCACUUCCAACACACGUCGUCAGUUGUCCGUUGACCCACAUAUGCACUCCUUUGUGCUGUUCUUGAGUAAACACACCCCGAGUACUUUUAGAGAUGCAAUAAUCGGAAUAAAAAAAAAUCAGCAAAGGGCAACUGUAAUAUGUGUUAACUGUCUGAGUGAUGCCAUAUUUGAUUGUGUGUUACUAAUAUAGGACUAAAAUGAUGUCCAGGGCAGGUAGAUGUUUCUUUCCCGCUUCUUUCUCUAUUAGACAAAUUCAUACUAUGUAUCUUUAUUUUGCCUUAAAACUUUGAUAGAUGGUAACCAUGCGCUUUCUGUUCAUAAAUUUGACUGGUGAUUUUUGCUGUGAUUUGAGUUCCACUUUGUAAAACGUUUGCGGAGAAUGAGAAGGAAGCGAGCCAGAGUGUCUAGAAAAUGUUCAAUAAACUAAUUUCAUGUUUGAUUUUCCCCCCCGUCUCAGUUAUUGUCUAAAAAAAGGCCCUUUUUAUUACAAAUACUAAAAAUAAAAUACUAAAAAUAAUACUAAAUAAAAAUAAUACUAAAAAGUGUAAAAACGCCAUGAAAAAUCUGCAAUAGUUUUACAAAAAAAAUGAUGUAAAAAUAUUAACAUAAAAAGUCAUGAUUUUACAAGAAUUACAACACAAUAUAAUGAGAUAAAAUAAUGUUUUAGCAGGCAGCAUAACAAUUAAAUAUUAAAGGAAAAAUGUAUGUUGUUUUUAUAUUGUGAGGAAUAGUCAAAAAAUUACUAAAAAAAAAAACAACAGCAAAAAUGAAAAAAUAUGGGAGUAAAGUCAAAAUAUUAUGAGAAUAAAGUCAUCAUAUUAUCAGAAUAAAUCAUGGAAUAAGUCAUAUUACGGGAAUAAAGUCAUCAUUAUGGGAAUAAAGUCAUAAUAUCACAAGAGAAACAUUUAGAAGAUAUCAACAAGACGCUAAGAACGUGUGUGGAGCAGCAUGAAGGUCAGCUAGCUGGAUGCUAAAGCUAACCACUGGUUAUGAGAACAGGUGUGGUUCUUAUUGACAUGUGUCAGCUAGCUGAAUGCUAUGGAUGCUAAAGCUUGCCACUGGUUAUGAGAACAGGUGUGGUUCUUAUUGACAUGUGUCAGCUAGCUGGAUGCUAAAGCUAGCUACUGGUUAUGAUAACAGAUGUGGUUCUUAUUGACAUGUGUCAGCUAUCUUGAUGCUAAAGCUAGCCACUGGUUAUGAUAACAGGUGUGGUUCUUAUUGACAUGUGUCAGCUAGCUGGAUGCUAAAGCUAGCCACCGGUUAUGAGAACAGGUGUGGUUCUUAUUGACAUGUGUCAGCUAGCUGAAUGCUAUGGAUGCUAAAGCUAGUCACUGGUUAUGAUAACAGGUGUGGUUCUUAUUGACAUGUCAGCUUGCUGAAUGCUAAAGCUAGCCACAGGUUAUGAUAACAGGUGCGGUUCUUAUUGACGUGUCAGCUAGCUGGAUGCUAAAGCUAGCCACCGGUUCUUAUUGACAUUGUGGGCUGCCAACACAGGAUGGAAAAGAUAACUUUAUUUGGUGUUUCUCUCCCUGAGUGCUUAUGGAAGAAUGGGAUGUUUUUCUAUGGCUUCCCUUUCCCGUCGUUUGAGCUCCGCCGUCUCUUCAGCGCUCUGCUUGUCUUCUCUUCCUGCAACACACGCAACGUCACGCCGGCAAGCGCCGCCCGCCGAUCCCCGGAAAGCCCCCGCUUUACCUCUCACCCGAAGGCUUGGAGGUCAUGACCCAGAGUAAGUACUCCUUGGCCGCCAUGGAGUCCAGGACUUUGUUGACGUCGCUGGUGAAGCUUCCGUCCACGUGCCUCCUCCGGCUUAACCCCCCAUGCUGCCUCCUGACGUCACAUCUGGGUACAUGCACACCACGGAAACCGUUACGGCUCCGUUGCCACCCAUGGGGUGGUCCCAUUUGCCCCUGUGUGCAAAGCAGACCUUGACCUUGGACUUUGGCUUAGGUUUACAGUUGGUUUUUAAACUAGGUUUAUGGGUUUAGAAGUUAGGUUUGGGGGUUUGGUUAGGAAUAGGGCUUGGACUAGAUUUGGAGGUUAGGGUUAGGACUAGGUUUAGGACUUAGGGUUGAGGUUUGGGUUAAGAAUACAGCUUGAAGUAGGUUUAGAGGUUAGGGUUGGGGUUAGGACUAGGCCUUGAAUUAGGUUUACAGGUUUAGAGGUUAGGGUUUAGGUAAAGAGGUUAAGGUUGGGGUUAUGAUUAUGAUUAGGGCUUGGACGAGGUUUAGGAGUUAGGAAUGGGUUUUGGGUUAGGUUUACAGUUAGGGCUUGAACUAUGUUUAGAGGUUAGGGUUGAGGUUUAGAUUGGGAUUGGGGAUUGGACUCGAGUUGGGGUUAGGGUUACAGUUAGGGCCUGAAGUAGGUUUAGAGGUUAGGGUUGGGGUUUGGGCUAGGAUUAGGUCUUGAAGGUCAAGGUUGAGGUAAGGCUUUGGUUGGGAUUAGUUUUAGAGGUUGGACUCGGUUUUUACAUUAGUGUUUAUGAUAGGAUUAGGUUUUUGGGGUUGGUGUUAGGUUUGGGGUUAGGGUUAGGUUUACAGUUAGGGCCUGUACUAGGUUUAGAGGUUAGGGUUGGGGUUUGGGCUAGGAUUAGGUCUUGAAGGUCAAGGCUGAGGUAAGGCUUUGGUUGGGAUUAGUUUUAGAGGUUGGAUAGGUUUUUACAUUGGUGUUUAUGUUAGGAUUAGGUUUUUGGGGUUGGUGUUAGGUUUGGGAUUAGGAUUAGAUUUUGUUUUGGGUUUUGGAGUUAGGGGUUAGUGUCAGGGCUUGGUCCAGGUUAGGGGUUCUGUAAUCAGUAAUUAUUAAAACAAUAAUGCAAAGUAAUAAUCUUUCCACGGUUUUGUUGUAUCCGACAUCUGGUUCUUUCGGUCACAACCAAAACCAGGCCCUGAGAUACUUGACCGAGUCCACCAGGCAAGACCAAAAACCACUAGCAUCUUUGGCCGUGAUUGUGUUAGCUGCUUCUACGAUGCUAAAGUAAGAAGCUAACAGGUGUACUGUGCUAUAAAAUACAACUUCUCCGCUCGCUCUCACGCCACUCAGCACAUUCAUGUGAUUUAUUGUUGCACCAGGCAGGAAAAGGCACAUCAGGUUCAAAGGUGAAGGGGGGCGGGACAAAGAAGCCAAGGCCAUGUUGUCGUGCAAUCACGCACUGGAGGAGCGUUAAGAAGAAGUGGGAAGUUCCCCUACUCUCUUCGGAUCUGUCCCGUCAUGAGCCCGGCGACAAAGUCUUUCAUGGCCUGGUCCGUCAGGUAUGAGCUCAUGUCGCUGGUGUAGGUGCCCUCGGCGUGGCGCUUGUCGGCGGCGCUGCGGACAAAACAACAAUGCUCAUCGGGACAACAUCGAGGAUCAGGAUGCAGGUUUACAGCGCGUUACCACGGUGGACCACCCAACCCGCCUACUGGUACUUGAACUCCUCCACUUUGGGCAAGAUUUCAUCCCUGACCCGGAGAACUUCACCCUAGAUCACGGACCCUGGUCCUGAUUCUCAUUCCAGUUCUUGUCAACAAUUUGGUACUGGUGUCCCAAACUUAAGGAAGCGGUAUCCAUAAUGACGGGACUCAAUGACGACCAUGACCUAGCAACCCUGCUAUGUGGUUCCACUACGAAAACCACGAGGACUUAUUGUGACGUCAGACCACCAACCUGCUGCGCUUGUUGUUCAUCAGCCAGCGAACAAAGUCCUGCGCUUUGCGGUCUUGGAGAUACUUGCUGUAGUCGUUGGAGAACGUUCCCUCCGAGUGUCUCCUCACUAAAGCCUCGUCCAUCUCUGAGCUUCAGGUGGAAGAAGACAUCCGUCACACGGACUCAAACCAUAAAAAUAUGUCCCGCUUUGAGUCCUACCUUGAGGUGUCCUGAAGUGGAAGCUGCCAGCCGCAGUGGACAAAACUGAAGAUGACGAGGAGGCCGACCACGGAGCAGAUGCUUGUCAUUGCCGCUACCUGAACUACAGAACCACACCGAUACUGAUACCAACACCGAUACUGAUAACAACACCGAUACUGAUAACAACCAAGUUCAAAUGAGUUAUGUCAGUGAAGCCUUAAAAAACACAAGUCACCUUUCAUUACCUUGAUACUACUAUGACCAUAUUAGCAUGCUACCGAUAAUUUCACCAUAUUAGCAUGCUACAGAUAAUUUCAUCAUAUUAGCAUGCUACAGAUAAUUUCAUCAUAUUAGCAUGCUACCGAUAAUUUCACCAUCUUAGUAUGCUAUCGAUACACACCUUUCAUUACCUUGAUACUACUCUGACCAUAUUAGCAUGCUACCGAUAAUUUCACCAUAUUAGCAUGCUACCGAUAAUUUCACCAUAUUAGCAUGCUACCGAUACACACCUUUCAUUACCUUGAUACUACUAUGACCAUAUUAGCAUGCUACCGAUACACACCUUUCAUUACCUUGAUACCACUAUGACUAAUAUUAGCAUGCUAUCGGUAAUUUGACCAUAUUAGCAUGCUACCAAUACACACCUUUCAUUACCUUGAUACUAGUAUGACCAUAUUAGCAUGCUACCGAUAAUUUGACCAUAUUAGCAUGCUACCGAUGCACACCUUUUAUUACCUUGAUACUACUCUGACCAUAUUAGCAUGCUACCGAUAAUUUCACCAUAUUAGCAUGCUACUGAUAAACACCUUUCAUUGCCUUGAUACCACUACGACUGAUAUUAGCAUGCUACCGAUAAUUUGACCAUAUUAGCAUGCUACCGAUACACAUCUUUCAUUACCUUGAUACCACUAUGACUAAUAUUAGCAUGCUACCAAUAAUUUGACCAUAUUAGCAUGCUACCGAUACACACCUUUCAUUACCUUAAUACUACUACGACCAUAUUAGCAUGCUACCGAUAAUUUGACCAUAUUAGCAUGCUAUCGAUACACACUUUUCAUUACCUUGAUACUACCAUGACCAUAUUAGCAUGCUACCAAUAAUUUGACCAUAUUAGCAUGCUAAUAUGAUUUAAUGACUGAUCCAGGUAAGAAGAUAACGAUGCAAGUUGGAAGUAGUUUAUCAUGGAGUAGAGAAAAAAAGACAAGCAUUACGGCAUUACUGACUGGACUGUACGUCGGAAAGACCGGAGAGACCGGCGGUCUAGUAGUGACUAUUGCUGCCCUGUAUGAGAUGGUUAUUAUGAUAAUGAUUUUAAGAUUUUUUAAGAUUAUCAGCCUAACCUGACAUGUUCCUUAGGAAAUAAACUCAGGAGCCGCUCAGACACAGAAAUGACGCCUCACCUUUUCCCGUAUGGCUUUCAGAAGAACGUCGCCACUUCCCCGGACUACUUACCCCGUUUCUGCCGUCCACCCUUAAAUAGCCCAGGUCGGCCACCUCCUCCAUCCGCCCCGCCGAUUACUCUCGAGCCAUUAGCCAGGCAGCUCCGCCGUCAACGAGGCGAAGGAUGGAAGCGUGACGCCAGCUGGCGCUCGGGUGAGAAGCUCAAACAAACGCAACACUCAUCCUGGCAAACAGCAGGAAGGUUUAAUGGGCGAGCGUGACAUCAUACAGUCAUCGUGUAACUUUUUUCACCAACUUGCUUUUACACUUUUACGCUCUUUUAUUGCCCAAAUAGGCGUGGAGCAUGAUUUGAAAUUACUGGCGGAAAAUUACUUUUUCUUUGUAUUAUAUAUUAAUAUUAUUUGUUUAUUUAAAAAAAUAUAUUGUUUCCAUCCUGCCACAAUGUAGCCCACUAUUAAUGUUAAUGCCUAAUGUUUACUUUUAUAAUUAUUAAUAUGUUACAGUUAAUAAUUUAAUAUUUUAUGCAACACGUUUAUAUUUUAAAAAUCCGGUUAUUGGUAUAAAAAUAGGAAGUAUAUUUUCAUAUAUUGUUGCAUGUGACAUUUUUAAAAAAUCAAAAUGGGUAACCAAAAACUGGAUUUCUAUUGUCAUAUAAUAAAACCCUUCGUAUAUAUGCCGAGCCUGUGAAAAAAGUCAAGGAAUAAUCAAAACAAUUUGUUUUUAUUCGAAUAAACGUGUGCGUAUUGAUGACUGUGUCGUGGUUAACAGACAUUAAAGCCAAUAGCGAGCUCCACAUGUUAAGAGGCGAUAGGAAACAUGCGAAAAGCCUCGUUGUUUGCGGUGGGAAUCAUUUCAGUGUAACGCCUCACAAAUUAACGAAUUAUGAAACAAAGUUCUGAAGAUAAAAUAGCAAAGGCAAGAUAAGAUUAAUUAUCAUGAACGUUCGUUUUGGAGCUGUUUUGUCUUCACGUCUGAAGAGUUUUAGCGCUCGAGGAAUCAUACUUUGCAACUCUUCACCGUGGCUAACGUUGGCUCUAAGCUAGGUGAAGUUUAUGGUGGAAGGCUUGUGGUGUGGAAUCAUUAAUGACAUUAGCUGGAGUGUUCCAUAGUAUUUUGCCAUUUUUUGCUGUGCUCUCCGAUAAUGUACUGUAGUGACAGGACUAAAGUGUGUUAUGUGUCCUGAAUGCAGCGGUUUGCGGUAGGAAUCAUUUCGGUGUAACUCCAAACAAUGAACUAAUUCAUUCACAUCAUGUAUGUCCGGUGAUUUUUCGCGCCAGAGGAAUAAAAAUGGUGGCUAGCGUUAGCAAUAAGCUAGGUUAGGUUUCUAGUGGAACUCUUAAUGGUUUUAUGGAAUUAUGAAUGACAUUAGCUGGUUUCGGAGUGUUGAAAAAGUUGUGGUUUGGGAGAAUAGCGUAAUAUUAUGAGGAAAAAUAAUCUCAUAUAUGUCUUAAAUAUUGCGGGAGUCUUGGAGUGGUUGUGUUCCGUAAAUAGGAAGGGCAGAGUAGUGAUUACUCUCCAUUAUAAACAAUA